CCAUGCCGCAGUCUCAUGCUUACACCGUCAGAUUACGUUCACCACAGAACCAGUACAGAACCUCAGACGUGCGUGCUCCCCACCAUGCCUCUGUGUAGUCUCGCCCGCCCUUGUGCAUUAUGGGCUUGGGUGUGUGUUUAUGCGUGGGUCUUCGCCUGGCCAGCUGAUGCCCGUUUUACAGUGUGGUGGAAUUCGCCUACAGAGGAGUGUCAGCAUUUUGGAAUCUAUGUAAACGUUUCCGAGUACGGGAUCGUCCAGAACACUGGUGACAAGUUCUACGGUGAUAAGGUCACCAUUUUCUACGGCCCAGGAGUUUUUCCAGUGUUUAAGGGCAACGCGUCAGUCAAUGGCGGAAUCCCCCAGCGUGGUAACAUCUCACUGCACGUUCGAACCUUCAUGAAGCAGGUCGAGAGCCAAAUGAAACCCGACUUCGAAGGUGUGGCCGUCUUGGACUUCGAGGCAUACUACCCGAACUACGAGAUGAGUCCUGAGCAGUAUCGCCACGCCUCCAUUGCCUGGGUCACCGCACAGCACCCCGCUUGGUCGCCCCAGCUCAUUGCUCAGACCGCCGAGAGGACCUUUAACGACUCUGCUAGGGAGUACUUCCAGCUGCUGUUGUGGGCAGGUCGAGAGCUCCGGCCAAAAGCUCAGUGGGGUUACUACCAUUAUCCUUACUGCCAUAACUACGGCCCGGGAGUUGGCGACUGCAAACCCACUGUUAUGAAGAGUAACGAUGAGACCCUGUGGCUCUUCGAAGGCAGCUCGGCCCUGUACCCCAGUAUAUACAUCUUCAAGAACAGUGGGUGGGAUCCGCGAACCCGACGUCUUAAUACCAUGGGGCGUUUGGGUGAGGCCCUGAGGGUUAGGCGCAACACUGGCAAAGAUAUUCCCAUAUACCCUUACUUUUGGUACAAGUACCAUGACUCUCCCUCGUUUCUAAUACCCAUAGACGUCGUAAACACACUCGGGUAUUCUAGGAUACUAGGGCUGGAGGGAGUCGUGAUUUGGGGUUCGAAACGUGACGUCGAUACGAAGGAGAAAUGCAUUGCCAUGAAGAGCUACGUGGAAACUGGCUUGGGUCCCCUGGUUCAGUACAUUACCAACCUGCCUCUCUCAACCGUACGCUCUGUGAUCAACUCUCGACGUUUCCUGAAGAAGUUGGCGUCCACUGCGCUAAGGGAGGGUCGGAGGAAGAAGAAGAACCGUGGCUAGGACGUAGUUAAAAAGGUGUUUGGAGAGAGAGAAGAUAAAAAGAACGAAUUCCUGUUUCUUUUGGUGGCGUUUCAUAUUUUUUUGUCGUCAUUAUUGUUGUGAUUAAGUGAGUUACGAUAGGUUGUGUGUGUGUGUGUGUGUAUGUGUGUGUGUGUGUGUGUGUGUGUGUGUGUGUGUGUGUGUGUGUGUGUGUGUGUGUGUGUGUGUGUGUGUACUGCAAGAUCUUUGAUAUUUAACAUUAUUCGUUAUGUUAAUUAUUUACAGGUUUCCACUGUCUACUGAUUAAUAUAUAUUGAUUCUUUUAAUGCAAGGUAUGAUGUUUGCGAUGUCGAAAUUAAAGGAAUUAUCAAAUAAGUAUCA